UAAGACAGUAUUCUGUAACAUGAAAACGCGCAUGCGCAGCCGCAGACUGCUCGAACACCGCGAAAAUGCCUCUGGCCAGAGACCUCCUUCACCCUUUGAUUGACCUGGAGCGAAGGCAGCAUAAGAAGAAAAGACUGGUUCAGAGCCCCAACUCUUACUUCAUGGAUGUGAAGUGCCCAGGUUGCUAUAAAAUCACCACUGUGUUCAGUCAUGCACAAACAGUGGUGCUUUGCGUGGGAUGCUCAACGGUGCUGUGCCAGCCAAAAGGAGGAAAGGCCAGAUUAACGGAAGGUUGUUCUUUCAGGAGGAAGCAACAUUAAAAAUGGAAAUCCGCACUUCAAAGUGUUGACCAUGUAACCCAUCCAUCCAUCUUCUAUACCCACUUAUUCCAGCGCAGGGUUACGGCGGUCUGCUGGAGCCUAUCCCAGCAGACUACGGGCAAAGGGCAGGGGUGAUCAUGUAACCAUUAAUCAUACAAAAUUUGUAUGCAAUGUUCAGUUUAUAUACUAUUUUAUAAACUAUCAAGAAUCCUACCUUUCAAUCAAUAAAGACAUUUGUUAUGAAAGCUGA